AUGAAGCUUACUUCUACCGCUUUACUUUCCCUUCUUGUUGCAUCUUCUACCGUUGCCUCUGUCAUUGGAGAUUUGGGCUUGGGCUUGGGCUUGGACCAGCAACAGAGACCAAUUCAAUUGGAUUCUACUUGGAACACUCUCAAGGAUGCUUUGCAAAAGGGAUCUGGAAAAUCUUCGAGCUUGCUAGAGAAAGUUGCUGAAUUGACUGGUGAGUCUUUCGACAAGUUGGACUCUAAGAUUAAGGAGACUUGGGAUGAGAUGGAGAUGCUUUAUCCUAACACUCUUUCUCAAUUGCAAUGGAAGAGUCAGCCAAAAUUCAAGAUCAACAAGAAACCAGAAUCUUUCUGGGAUUUCCACGUCACAAAUACCGACAAGCUCGCCGACUAUCAAUUGCGUGUUAAGAAGACCGAUCCUAAGGCUUUAGGUGUUGAUACUACCAAACAGUAUUCUGGCUACUUGGAUGACGUUCAAGAAGACAAGCACUGGUUUUACUGGUUCUUUGAAAGCAGAAAUGAUCCAAAGAAUGACCCUGUUAUUCUUUGGUUGAAUGGUGGUCCCGGCUGUUCUUCCCUCACCGGUCUUUUCUUUGAAUUGGGUCCUUCUUCUAUCGGCAAAAAGUUGAAGCCAAUUUACAACCCAUAUUCCUGGAAUAGCAAUGCUUCUGUUAUCUUUUUGGAUCAACCAGUUAACGUUGGUUACUCGUACUCUUCUCAGUCAGUGUCUAAUACUGUUGCUGCUGGUAAGGACGUCUACGCUUUUCUUGAGCUCUUCUUCCAGCAGUUCCCAGAGUAUUUGAACCUUCCAUUCCACAUGGCUGCAGAAUCUUAUGGUGGUCAUUACAUUCCAUCCUUUGCUUCCGAGAUCCUCUCACACCCUGAUAGAUCUUUCAAUUUGACUUCCGUGAUGAUUGGUAACGGUCUUACCGAUCCCCUCAAUCAGUACCCAGAAUACGAGACAAUGGCUUGCACUUAUGAGAACGGCUAUAAGCCGGUUUUAGACGAGACGUCGUGCCAGUCGAUGUCUGACUCCCUUCCAAGGUGUCUUUCUAUGAUUGAGUCGUGUUACAAUUCCGAGUCUAUCUUUUCUUGCGUUCCAGCAUCCAUUUAUUGCAACAAUGGUCAGCUCGGUCCAUACCAGAAGACUGGCAGAAACGUUUACGAUGUGAGAAAGAUGUGCGAAGGAAAUGAUCUUUGCUACGAGGGUUUGGAUUACAUUGGCGAAUACUUGAACCAGGAUUAUGUCAAGGAGAAGCUUGGUGCCGAGGUCGACAGAUACGAAUCUUGUAACAUGGACAUCAACAGAAAUUUCCUAUUUGCAGGAGACUGGAUGAAACCAUUCCAUAAAGAUGUCCUAACAAUUUUGCAGAAUAGAGUCCCUGUCUUGAUCUAUGCUGGAGAUAAGGACUUUAUCUGUAACUGGCUUGGAAACCAGGCUUGGUCUACUCUUUUGCCUUGGGAAGGACAUAAGGAGUUCCAGGUUGCUGAGAUGAAGAAUAUAACAAUUGGUAAGAAGAAUAUCGGUGAAGCUAGAAACUACGAUAUUUUCACUUUUGCCAGAAUGUUUGAUGGCGGACAUAUGGUUCCUUACGAUCAACCAGUCAGCUCUUUGACUAUGUUGAACAGAUGGAUUUCUGGUGACUAUAACUUGCUUGAAAGUAAAGAGUGA